CCACCCUCUUCUUAAGAAAUGCCAUCUCAAUCCUGCUAUUUAAAUCACAUUUGUUCUUGAAUCUCUUCAUAUUCCAGAGCUCCUGAGCGAGUGCUGUGUCUCAAGAAAUAUCCUACCAUGCAUUCGCACGAUAGACCUCUAUCUGCUCAAGGGGACUCUGGGCUUGUCCUCACAACAGAUCCAAAACCCCGGCUCCGUUGGACCACUGAGCUUCAUGAGCGGUUCGUCGAUGCCGUUGCCCAGCUUGGAGGACCAGAUAAGGCCACGCCAAAGACCAUCAUGAGAGUUAUGGGUGUUAAGGGUCUCACUCUUUACCAUCUCAAGAGCCAUCUUCAGAAAUUCAGACUUGGGAAGCAACCGCAUAAGGAUUUCAAUGAUCAAGCAGUUAAGGAUGGAGAGAAAGCAGCUUCAGCAUUAGGUAAUCAAAGAAAUGCUACCCCCACGCCUGUCUUAAUGGGUCGCAACAUAAAUGACAGGAACAUGCACUUUAAUGAAGCACUUAGGAUGCAAAUGGAAGUACGAAGGAGAUUGAAUGAACAAUUAGAGGUUCAGAGACACCUCCAAAUGAGGAUUGAUGCUCAAGGAAAGUAUAUGCAAACUAUAUUGGAGAAAGCUUGUCAAACACUCACAGGCAAAAACGGAGACUGUCAAAGCUACCAUGGUGUUGGUAAUCAAGGAUACACCGAGGUUGGAUCCAUGAAAGAUUUUUCUUCUUCUGUGAACUUCCCAUGUCUAGAAGAUUUGCACAUAUAUGGAGAGAGGCCUAACCCAUACGAUAGCAGCAAAGCCCCGAUAAUUUGGUCCAAUGAUAUGCAACUGCUACAAGAAGUGGGAACAGCAGCGGCAUGUAUUCCCUCUCAAGAGGAUGCUUUCAAAAGCUACUUAAAGCAGCAUCAUGAAGAAGAAAGUUCAGGCUCUGGUGAAGCUUGAGCAACCAGCAUAACGAAGGGAACCCACUUCAGCAGACUGAAGUAGUGAUCUUAAAUCACUGAGAGUAUGCAACUAUAAGUGUCAUUCUAUAUAUCGAUUUAUGUAUGUGUCAGAUGAAAUAUCAUAAAUAUAAGAACACAUGCACAAGGGCUCCAUUCAAGUAGGAGAAUUCUCUCCUAGCUAGUUGAUAAAUUUGCCUGGA